AUGUUGCUUCUGUUCGAGACCCCGGCGGGGUUCGCGCUGUUCAAGGUGCUAGACGACAAGAAGCUCGACAAGGUCGAGGACAUCUGGACGCACUUCGAGUCGUCGGAAAGCGCCAGCAAGGCAAGUGGUGCCAAGGAGCACAUUGGUGAUGAAGCUGAAGGCGUUCGACAAGUUCGAGAACACGGCGGAUGCGCUGGGCGCUAUUUAGGCCCCGCUAACCCCUCUCUCCCCCUCCCCAUCCCCCUCUUCUCCGCAAUGCAGGUGGUGAAGCUGAAGGCGUUCGACAAGUUCGAGAACACGGCGGACGCGCUGGGCGCGGCGACGGCGCUGGUGGAGAGCAAGCUGAGCAAGGGGCUGAAGAAGUUCGUCAAGGCGCAGUGCCAGGGCGAGACGCUCGCCGUCGCCGACUCGAAGCUGGGAAACAUCAUCAAGGAGAAACUGGGAGUGACAUGCGUGCACAACGCAGCGGUAAUGGAGCUCAUGCGCGGAGUGCGCUCACACCUCUCGGAGCUCAUUGCGGGGCUGUCAGGCACCGACCUUGCGCCCAUGAGCCUGGGUCUCAGCCACAGCCUGUCGCGCUAUAAGCUCAAGUUCUCCCCGGAUAAGGUGGACACGAUGAUAGUGCAGGCGAUCGGGCUGCUGGACGACCUGGACAAGGAGCUGAACACGUACGCCAUGCGCGUGCGCGAGUGGUACGGGUGGCACUUCCCCGAGCUCGCCAAGAUCGUCACGGACAACCUGCAGUACGCGCGCGCCGUCAAGCUCAUGGCUCACCGCGUCAACGCCGCUGACCUCGACUUUUCCGGGAUAUUGGAGGAGGAUGUGGAGUCGGCAAUGAAGGAUGCAGCGGUGAUCUCCAUGGGGACGGAGGUCAGCGAGCACGACAUGACCAACAUCAUUGCUCUCUGCGACCAGGUCAUCGCCCUCUCAGAGUACCGUGCGCAGCUGUUCGACUACCUGCGAUCGCGCAUGCUGGCCAUAGCGCCCAACCUGACGGUGCUCGUAGGCGAGCUCGUGGGGGCGCGCCUCAUCGCCCAUGCUGGGUCAUUGAUGAGCCUGGCCAAGCACCCCGCCUCCACUGUUCAGAUUCUGGGUGCUGAGAAGGCGCUGUUCCGCGCCCUCAAGACGAAGCACGACACGCCCAAGUACGGGCUCAUCUUCCACGCGUCCCUCAUCGGCCAGGCGCCCCCCAAGCUCAAGGGCAAGAUCUCGCGCGUGCUCGCCGCCAAGUGCUCCCUUGCCAUUCGCGUGGACGCUCUUGGGGAUGCCACCGAGCCCACUGUGGGCAUUGAGGGCCGCGCCAAGAUUGAGCAGCGGCUGCGGCAGCUGGAGGGGCGGGUGCUGGGCAGUGCGAGUGCAGCGAGCAAGGGCAAGGCGAAGCUGGGGGCGUACGACAAGGACAGGAAGGAGGGCACGGGCGGCCUCAUCACCCCUCUUAAGGCUUACAACCCCGCAUCUGAUGCGCUGCUGACAGCCAAGUCCCCAGCAACAGACGCAACACCAGCAGCCGGAGAGGAGUCGGCUAAGAAAGCGAAGAAGGAGAAGAAGGCGAAGAAGGACAAGGAGAACGGGGAGGCCACUCCCUCUGCUGCUGCCCGUGUGGACGCCGAUGGGGCAGAGCCGCCUUCCACUGAGAAGAAAAAGAAGAAAAAGCGUGACAGGGAGGAGGGCAAGGCAAAGGAGGAAGCAGCAGCACCGGUGACCCCCGCCUCUGAGAAGAAGAAGAAAAAGAAGGACGCAGCAGCGGAUGGGAGUGUGACACCUGGUGCUACUGAUGGUUCGGCCAAGAAGAAAAAGAAGGCCAAGGAGGAGGAUGGAGCGACGCCGGGGACGACUGGAUCGUCCAAGAAGAAAAAGAAGGCUGCGGACUCCGCGCUGCCUCUCAGAGCCACCGCAUGCACCCAACUGGUGCGGGACUCGUGGCGCUACCUCGUCUUCCCGCAGGAAAAGUACUGCUGCCGCUGCUGCUCUGCGGCCAAUGGGUGUGACGUGGUGCGCCCUGAUUGGCUGGCCAAUGCCACCUAUAUGGGCCGGGACUACGUGGAUGACGUGUCUUCCACCAAAUGGAAGCAGCAGGGGUUACAGAACAACUACUACUGGCAUUCAGAGGAUGAUGUGCCCAUGCGAAUCUACAUGGAGCCUUUGGAGCAAAUGACCUUCUCGCAUGCCUCGUUUGAGAAGCCACACCACUUCCCCAACACCACCUUCGAUCUACCUUCAGACAUGGACUGCUCACAGCUCUGCUACGGCUUCUGUGCUCUGGCCCGACAAACCAUGCUCUAA